UAAUUACUUCAAAUAAGGUUGGGACACAUUUCAGUUGUGAAGCAUCUGCAUGCAGGUGUAAUGCAUCGUAUUUGUCCUCGAGUAUCGACUGUGAACCAAUACUCUCAUCUAGUGGUGCUUUUAUGUUAUUACAAUUCAGGGUUUGUAGAAACGAAAGUGAAAGUUUGAAUUCCCCCUGAACGUCUUACGUUAGUAUUUUUAUCAGCAGUCUGUGUAGAUUGUUUACGUUGUGAUCACAGUUCAUCCAAGGUGAGAGGAAAUGGCAUCUGGUACUGAUGAAACAAGGGAGAACCUCAUUGAAGACUUGAGAGCCAGACUGAAGGUGUGCAUUGUGGUCGACCGGCUCCUGGAUCAGUUACAGUUUAUCCCAGUUGACACAAAGGAGCUGAUUCGCCAAAGAGCGAGGACAGAUGGUAAUAUAGUAGCUGCGGAUCUCCUCAUUGACGCGGUCAUUAGGAAACACCCGGCCGAAGGGUGAUUCCUGGAUGGACUGGAAAACUCAGGUUGUAAACAUGCAGCGGACUAUUUGCAGGAUAAACGCCCGGAUCCCGCAGAAGAGGAAGAUAAUGAUCAGUAUGUCCGACUUAUUGAGUUACUGUCCCCGAGUCUUGUGGAAAUGAAGACCCAAGAGGUGUAUGUUCAUUGUCUUUCAAAAGAGCUGAUCACGAGAGAAGACUCAGAGAUUAUUAGAACAGAUAUAGCAAACAGAGGACCGAGGAGUGGCGCCCGUGAACUUCUGAGGUGCAUCGUGAGGGGUCAACAUGGGUGGUUUUCACAGUUCCUCGACAUUUUGAGAGAAACCGAGCACCAUGAGCUGUAUGAGCUCACUGGAGGGUCACCUGACUCUGGCAAGCAAGAUGGACCCAAAGAAGGCAAAGCCGGCACAGAGAAGAUUUCAUUCGCAGCUGAUGAGAGCCAAGAUCUGUAUAGAGGAGCAGAUGUUUUAUCCAAAGAACUGCCAAAUAGCCACAAGCCCCCACUCACAGAUGGAGCCGAGCCAGCGGCUGCAGCCGGAGGCCCGGAGAGUGCAGAUAUUAGUCUUCGGGAUUAUCAGAUGGACGUCGCAAGACCUGCCUUAGAGGGGAAAAACAUCAUCGUAUGCCUCCCGACAGGAAGUGGUAAAACCAGAGUGGCAGUUUAUAUUACCAAAAAACAUCUGGACAGCAGGAGGGCAGAGGGGAUGUCUGGAAAGGUUGUCGUCCUAGUGAACAAGAUUCCUCUGGUGGAGCAGCAUUAUUCCGCUGAGUUCCUGCCGUUACUGAAGUCCACAUAUAAAGUGGAGAGAGUCAGCGGAGACUGCCAGCUGAAAAUCUCUUUUACAGAGAUCAUUAAGAAAAACGACGUCGUCAUUUGCACAGCCCAGAUCCUGGAAAACUCCCUGGAACUGUCAAACAAAGGAGAAGACGAAGGCGUGAACUUAAGCGAUCUGAGUCUGCUUGUAAUAGACGAGUGUCAUCACACUCAGAAGGGCGACGUCUACAACAGCAUUAUGAUGCGCUACCUGCGGAAGAAGCACACCAACAUACGGAAGAAGAAGGAGGGCAAAGAACCCGUGCCCCUGCCUCAGAUACUGAGUCUGACCGCUUCACCCGGGGUCGGGAAAGCAACCAAGACAAAGCAGGCAGAGGAGUACAUCCUGCAGAUCUGUGCAAACUUAGAUGCUUCCAGAAUAAUGACGGCGACACCAGAGAGUCUUAAAAAGGAGCAGAGAAAGUUGGUUUUGAAGAUUGAAGAUAGAAAAGAGGACCCGUUUGGUGAUGUCAUUAAAAACAUCAUGAACAGCAUUCAUACUCAUGCCCAGCUGACCCCCAGCUGUGACCUUGGUUCUCAGAAUUAUGAACAAUGGAUUGUUGAAACUGAGAGAAAAGCUGCUAUGGAGGAAGAUCACAAAGUCCAGGCUUGUGCAGAACACCUUCGUCAUUACAACGAGGGCCUGAACCUCAGCAACACCAUACGCAUGUGCGAUGCUCUGGUGUUUCUGAAUGAAUUCCAUGUGGAAGAGAUUAGGAAGAAAACAACUCCUAAUGACGAUGGGCAGACCAUACAGAUCACAGAGACCGAAAGGUUCCUCUUCCAUUUGUUUAAAGAGAACAAGGAAGAGUUGGAGAAGUUGGCGAAGAAUCAGCAGUAUGAAAAUGACAGCCUUUGUAACCUAAGGCACUCAAUUCUGCGAGAGUUCAGCACCAGGGAGAAGGCCAGAGGAAUCAUUUUCACUAAAACACGCCGCAGUACCAUUGCUCUCAGCCAGUGGAUUCAGGAAAACCCCAAGUUUGCCGACAUUGGUGUGAAGGCCUCAUAUAUCAUUGGAGGAGGAGGCCAGAGUGUUGUUAAACCAAUGACCUCCACUGAGAGGUCAGCCAUGUUGAAGAAGUUCGACAAAGGUGACAUAAACCUGCUGGUUGCUACGUCCGUACUAGAGGAAGGUCUGGAUAUACCAGACUGUAAUUUUGUUAUCCGGUACGGCCUUGUCACCAAUGAAAUCUCUAUGAUUCAGGCUAAAGGCCGAGGAAGAGCUGACGACAGCAGUUACACUGUGGUGGAGGUAAAAAACUCCUGUGUGACUGAAAAGGAACAUGUGAAUGAACACCGCCUGAUCUUGAUGGAGAAAGCUAUCAAAAAUAUAAAAGCCUUAGAUCCAAAGGAAUAUGACAGGCAGAUCAGAGACUUUCAGGCUCAAGCAUUAAUGGAGGAGAAGGUUAAGAAGAUAAAGAAGAAACAGAAAAGCAUGAAGAACGAGAAACCAUCUCAGGUGAUGUUCAGCUGUCGAGGCUGCAGCACCCAGGUCUGCACCGGUGAAGACAUCCAGGUCAUCGAAAAUGCACACAAAGUCAAUGUAACAACGCAGUUUAGUGAACUCUACGUAAAAAGAGAAAACACUUCUUUGCAAGAAAGACGUCUUGAUUUUGAGAGUAUUGCCUUCAUAGCCUGCAAGACCUGCGGGAGGAGUUGGGGUACAAUGAUGAACUAUCGCUCAAUCGAGUGUCCCUGCCUCCUUGUGAAAAACUUUGUUGUAACGUUGAAUGGAAAGAAGAUUCCCAACUGCACCAGGUGGGCCGACCUUCCUGUCAAAUUUCCCUCCUUCGACUACAGCGAAUAUGCAAUGAGGCUGGCCGAGGGCUCGGAUGAUGAAGACACAGAAUGAAGCCGGCAAACUAUGAUACGCAGAAACUGG